AUGGUUCGAAGACGUACGGCAUCCUCCGUACCUGACCGCCCGGAAGCACUCUUUUCCAAGCGGCAUUGGCAGGCCUGUCCAAUUGGUUCGAGAGUGAUUCAUUUUUCUGGGCCUAGCACCGAAACAGUUCCAAAGGAUCCGCGAAAGAAGUUAUGUAUCAGCCUGCAUUAUCUUCUUUUGGGAGAAGCUACGUCAGCCGCUCCAACAAACGCCAACAUGAGAGCUGUCUUUCUCGCCCCCAAGUGGCCUGCGGCGCCAUGUUCUCUCCGCGUGGCAUCAACAAGGGAAAUCCUGGAUGUGUCCACGAGAGCCAACAUUAUGUGCCUUAUUAUAGACGGGGGAGGCCGAGUUUUGCACAGCAUCUUGGGUUGGGCCAGGAAAGAAAAAGAAAAGCGAGAGGGGAAGGGGAUGACAGACGACAGACGACAGAUACGUGCGUCUUUGAUGUGCGUGGCACAAGCCCGGGCAUAA